CAGCGCUCAGUCGCUAAAUCAUAUCGCUGGCAGUUGGCGCCUCGAGUACUCCUUAAUGACGAUGCGAAUGGGAUUGCUACUCGCAGGCAGUGAGCGGCAACAACUAUAUGUCAGGCAGGAUGCCUGUUGAAAACGGCGGAAGGUUUACUGAGAAAAGUAAGCAGAUAUACUCUCUUAUGCUGGAGAUGCAGCAGAAAUCGAUGAAAACUCUCAGACUUGGUGUCCACUGGGACACCAUUCAGCUGCUCUGCCAACAGAUUCUUGUGGAAGGGUUCCUCAGCCUGAGACUCUUCAAAAGCUCGAAAGACGAGAUUCUGCGAUGUGGAAUUAGCUCAGUCUUUGUCCCUCACGGAGUCGGACAUUUGCUUGGGAUGGACGUGCACGAUGUCCAAGUAAACCAGUAGACAACACGACUAUUCCACAAGACAAUGUCGGCCACCCCGGUUUGUACACCUAUAUGCGGUUCCAGUUGCCUCUCGCAGAGGGCAGGGUGUGACUGUUGAGCUGGAGGUCUGCUUCCACAAACAUCGAAAGAAAAUCGCUAUCAUUGAAUUAAUCCUGAAUGUCCA